AUGCAACUCCAUCAUCACCUCCCCCUACUCGUCCCUCUCCUCCUCCUCCUCAUACUCCUCACCCUCACCUCCCCCUCCGCCUCCUCUCAGCACUCUGAAUGCGCCCCCCACUCCACCACCGUGACCGUCUCCUACCCCUUCCUCCUCCCCGGCUCCCUCCGCCCCGACUCCUGCGGCCUCCCCGACUACGCCCUCUCGUGCUCCCCCUCCAACACCCUCACCCUAUCCAUCUCCAAGAAAACCUACCAAGUCCUCUCCCUCGACGCCCCCAACCGCGUUCUCACCCUCGUCGACCCCGCCUUCCUCGACCAACUCUGCCCCCAGCCCUCCUCGGCCAACUCCGCCCUCGACCUCGACCCCUCCCUCUUCCGCUACACCGGCGACGACCGCAACAUCACCGUCUUCAUCAACUGCUCCUCCUCCUCCGUCUCCCGCCCCAUCUCCAGUACCUUCAACAUCACCUGCUCGGCCGGUCAAAAUUCUUACUAUCGUCUCAAUAACGACACAGCGGACUAUCGUCUCAAUAACGACACAGAGGACGUCGCGUUCGCACAGGCUCUGCGGCAGGGGUUCUACGCGACGUGGACGGCGGGGGAGGGGUGGUGCGAGGGGUGCCAGAGGUCGGGUGGGUAUUGUGGAAGUCGUGAUCGGGAUUGUUUUUGCGCUAACGGGACUUUCACCGGUUCUUGCCCUGGUGUCGUUAGCGGAGUGGGAGGCUUCCUCUUAGCAUGCACAAUCUUCUUCUUCUGCUACAAGUACAAGUUAAAGAAGAAGUACUCGAAAUCCUUGACUCCCUCCACUGCUAUCGUCCAAGAUUUCUCUUCAUCAUUUUCGAAGAAAGAUUCUGAAACAAUAAGCUUUCAUUGCCAGACACCCUUAUUCUCUUAUGAAGAGCUUGUGGAGGCUACCAAUGGCUUUGAUCGAUCAAAAGAACUUGGUGAUGGUGGCUAUGGGACUGUCUAUAAAGGUCUUCUCCGAGACGGACGCGUUGUGGCCGUGAAGCGUCUGUACGAAACGAGCUACAAACGCGUCGAGCAGUUCAUGAAUGAAGUCGGAAUCCUCUCCCGAGUCCGCCACCCGAACCUCGUGACCCUCUACGGGUCCACGUCCCCGAACUCCCCCCACCUCCUCCUCGUCUACGAGUUCAUCCCCAACGGGACCCUGGCCGACCACCUGCACAACCCCGUCCGUCCCCUCUCCCUCCGCCUCUCUGCCGCCAUCGACACCGCAUCCGCCCUCUCCUACCUCCACUCCAUCGACAUCAUCCACCGCGACGUCAAAACCCACAACAUCCUCGUCGACAACAACUUCAACGCGAAGGUUGCCGAUUUCGGCCUCUCCCGCCUUUUCCCCGCCAAUGCCACGCACGUGUCCACCGCGCCCCAAGGAACCCCAGGGUACCUCGACCCGGAGUACCACAGGCUCUAUCAACUUACAGAUAAGAGCGACGUUUACAGCUUCGGAGUGGUCCUUAUGGAGCUCAUAUCGUCUAGGCCGGCGGUAGAUGUCAACCUUAGGCCGAACGAGAUAAGUUUGGCUAUGGUCACAAUGAGUAAGAUCCAGAACGGCGAGUUGGCGGAUUUGGUCGAUCCGGGACUUGAAUUCGGCUCCAAUCAGGAGGCGAAUAGGAUGGUGACUCAAAUGGCCGAGCUAGCGUUCAGGUGUUUGCAGAUGGAUAGGGACAUGAGGCCUCCGAUAAAGGAGGUUUUGGAGGGGUUGAAGGAGAUCGAGGUGGGUAGUCAUUGUAGUGGCGACGAUUGCGAGGUUAGGACUAAGGAGGAGUCGAGGCUGUUGAAGGAUUCAGGGUCGAUAUCGCCUGAUUCGGUGAUGAAGAAUUGUUGGAUGAGUAGUAGUUCUACUACUCCGAGCUCUAGCAAUCAAGGUAUAGUCUGAGUUUGUAAGGGGAUGUUUUCUCGUUUGAGACGAUUGUGGUGGUGUGUAGUUCUCACAUAUGUUGUGAUAUUAAGAGGGCAAUGUACAUAGUAGGAAGAGGUUACUGUAGUUAGAUACGUCGCAUUUAUUUGCAGAGGGUAAUAAUUGUAGAAGUGCUUAAACAGAUUUUUUUUUUGGCCCUCGCACUUCACUGCCUUAAUUUUAUGUCAUCAUCUUUGUAUUAAAGACA